CCGCCGCGUCUCGCGCCGCCCGGUUGCCAUGGGGACCGCAGAGCGCCACGGCGCCCGCAGACUCGACUGUAUCUGAGGGGCGAGGGGUACUGAGGCCCAGGCAUGGAGCUGCCGGAUCCGGUCCGCCAGCGGCUGGGAAACUUCAGCCGGAGCGUGUUCAGCGACUCCAACCGGACCGGGCCGGAGUACACCGAGGGUCCGGAUGAUGAAAUGGUCUCCAGUUUGGCACUGCAGAUGUCACUUUAUUUUAACACUUACUUUUUCCCACUUUGGUGGGUGAGCAGCGUUAUGAUGCUUCACAUAAAGUAUCCAAUCUUGCCUGAUUACUACAAAUUUAUUGUGGUCACUAUUAUCAUCCUAGUAACCUUAAUUGAGGUCAUCCGGUUGUAUCUGGGCUACAUGGGUAACCUACAGGAGAAGGUUCCUGAGUUGGCUGGCUUUUGGCUUUUGAGUCUUCUGUUACAGUUGCCUUUAAUUCUCUUCUUGCUGUUUAAUGAAGGCUUAAAGAGUUUGCCAAUGGAAAAAGCAAUACAUAUCAUCUUCACGCUCUUCCUGACUUUCCAAGUUGUCGCAGCAUUUCUCGCCUUGAAGAGGAUGGUAAAUCAAUUGGCAACCCGUUUCCACCUCCAAGACUUUGACCGGCUCUCUGCAAACAGAGGGGACGCGAGAAGGAUGAGGUCAUGUAUAGAAGAAAUUUGACCUGGUGCUGUUGAGUGUGAAAUCUGAAAGAUUCUUCUCGAAGACUGAAAGAGUUAGGAAAACGUUGGAGACCUAACAUGAGAAAAAGGACAAAGCAAGUGUUUUGAACUGAAUACUCUGUAGGUCUGAAAUUCCAGGGCUGGCGGGUGGUAAGGCUUUGUUUGCACAGUACAUGAAAGCCUAAAACCUAGCUGUUGUCCACUUGAUGCCAAAUAUUUUAAUUUUGUUGUUGACUUUUCCAGUGUCUAGAAAUCUGUCUGUUGGUGGUCGCAGUUUACCAGUUUUAUUAUUAUUAUUAUAAUACUUCUAGUUAGAAUAUGUAAAGAGGAAUGAGUGCAUUUCUUUUAAACUUGUCUGCUACCCACCUGUUGGCGGUCCUGGAUGGUGCAAACGGUUAGCAGCUAUGCUAACCCAAAGUUUGGCGGUUUCAGUCUGCCCCAGAGGUACCUCUGAAGGAGGGCUUGACCAUCUACUUCUGAAAAAUCAACCAUUGAAAAUCCCGCAGAGCACAGUUCUACUCUGACACACGUGGGUCACCGGGAGUCAGAAUUGACAGGAUACCAACUGGUUUUUAUCCUUUUUUUUUUUUUUUUUGGCUGUACAUCUGACUGUCUUUCUGGUAGCACAUGCAAGUAGCUGUCAGUAUUCUUGUGUAUUAAACUCUAUUUCAAAACCAGGAAAUCAAAUUUUUGUGGCUGCUAGGGUUAUAGUCUAACCCUAGUCUUAGCUGUUCUAUUGAGGUUAAGAAGAAAAGAGGUGAGUUAUCAUGGUACCUAGAAUUAUUUUGUCAUUAAAUUGUCACUUUUAUAAAACCAUGUUCAGUAUUUAUGAUGGUAGUAUGUAAAAAUUUUUUACAAUAAAUUAUAAAAUAUUUAUGUUCAGUUAUGAGCAACAAAUCAUUUUUGUCUUGUGCAAUUCUUUUGGGCUAUGGGUUUGUUAUUUUUGUUACAAAGUUUGUUAUUGCAGGAGAAGGAAUGAGGGAAAAACCAACAUUAGAGAGCCUUCUAUGUUGCAGGCACUGCGCGAGGCCUAUUUACCUUUGGGAUCUCACCUACUAGAUCGUAGUUCACUGAAGAACU